AUGCCUCUCAAGCUGUCGUGGGACUCUGCUCUCAGGAACCCAUACAGAGGAGAUCCGAUGAAGACGCAGAUCGAGUCGCUCGUCGCUGUGUACGCCGUGACCUAUAGCCCAUAUGUUGCCUCGGUCGAGAUCCGGAGCACUGUACACGCGGGCGGCCAGGACCCGACGGAGGGAUACCAUGUCACCGUCGCAUGCUACGCUGCCAACGGGGCAUAUACCGGCACCUUCCACGUCCCGAUUGCGGUGUAA